GUUUUAGGUCAGAUAGGGUUGCAGAUAUUGUAAAAAUUUGGUUAAUCCUGUCUACUGCUAAAUUUACACCUUCAUUCUCUCUCUCUCUCUCUCUCUCUCUCUCUUUCUCUCUGUCUCUCUCACACACACUGCCUCUCUCAAUCUCUCCGUCUGUCUCUCUCUUUCUCCCUCUCUCUGUGUUUCAGGAUGAGCAGGAUUAGUUCCAGAGUUGUGAGACGAAGACUGUUGUUGCUCUUGUGUUGUGUGUUCUCAGGUCCGCUGUUUAUUUCUAUGUAUGAUUGGAAGUCGAGGAGGCGCUGAAGAGGUCCAUAAUCCUCCUUUUAUUCCAAAGGUGUUCAGUGAAGGAAUGAGAGGUGUGUUCACACAGAUAUCAUCGCCAUACAUCUGCAGCUGUGGACAGGAAGACAAACUGACCGCUGUGAAUCAUCACACUGACUUCCUCCUGUGGACCACCACAAACACACAAAUCUACACAUGACAGACACACACAGCUCUUUACUCUACAGUUCCGUUAAAUGAUUGUUUACUUAUGUUAUACCAAUAUUGUGUGUUAAUGUGUCUUUAAGAGUCGCGCUGCCCGUUGCGUAGAUCCUUCAUGAAUGAAGCCACGUGACCAAACAUCAUAUGACGUCUGGGUCCAGCGCGAGAGGAGGAGGAUCAACACGGUCACAAAUUCGCCGACAACAGCAACAAACUCUCGCGGAAUUCUGUCCGGUUUUCCGGGGACCGUCAUCCGCUGCUCCAGACGCGUCGUGACGCCUCCGAUCUGCGUGGUUUGCCUGUGGUUCCUCGUGGCAUGACGACCACCAACAAAGGAAACAAAGCCUUGAAGGUGAAGAGGGAGCCGGGGGAAAAUGGGACGAGCCUCACGGACGACGAGCUGGUAUCCAUGUCCGUCCGCGAGCUCAACCAACACCUGCGCGGUCUGUCCAAAGAAGAGAUUCUGCAGCUGAAGCAGCGCAGGCGGACGCUGAAGAACCGGGGCUACGCCGCCAGCUGCCGGGUCAAACGCGUCACCCAGAAGGAGGAGCUAGAGAGGCAGAAGGCGGAGCUACAGCAGGAAGUGGAAAAGCUGGCCUCCGAGAACGCCAGCAUGAAGGUGGAGCUGGACGCGCUGCGAUCCAAAUACGAGGCUCUACAGAGCUUCGCCAGAACUGUGGCCCGAGGGCCCGUGGCCCCCAUGUCCAACGCGGCCGUACCCGUGUCUCCACGCGGCCCCCUGGCGUCCGUCAUCGGGCCGCUCAUUCCCGGAAAGCUGGGAGCCACGAGCGUCAUCACAAUAGUCAAGUCGAAGACUGAUGCCAGGUCUUAGUAUCGCAGACGGGCGAGAGGAUUGGUCAGUGCAUGAUGCUUUAGGUGAAGGACUUUUUGAUUCCUUCCGCCAGAACAUACUCUCUCUCUCGUGUGGUUUACGAACGGAGGAAAACGCACGUAGGACGCUUCAUUCACUUGGGCUUCCAAAACACAAUCUUCAAAUUAUCUCCAAAAAAAGAAAACGACGACGACUACAACGAACAUGCAGCCAACGUUCUCAUCGUUUUGUACAAGUAUCGGCUACUUUUGUAUUGGGUCCAAGAGUCUGUGUUUAUGUUCUUGUCGUUUUUCUAAGGUGCAUUUGAUGUAUCGACACGUUUCCGUCCUUUUGUUUACGGACCGCAGGCACAAAACACUUUAUGCUGGUCAGGCUUCUUCCAGAGGGAGAAAUCGAUGUUCGAGAGUAUGGUUUAAUAACGAGGGGAACGCCCUUUACCUGAGCUUCUUUAAUGCACUGACCAAUCAGCGAUGGGCAGGAGGAGAGGAGGCGGAGUCGUUCAUAUGGUAGCUAUCAGGAUCUGCCAGCAGUUCAUUUGCAGAAAAUCUUCUUAGAGACUUUUAUUGGCGAGGCAAUAACAUGUUUGUGUUGAACUACAGCUUGUGUUUGAUUUGUGGAACCUGUGAAUCUGUCUUCUGUUGUCAUUUGAGGAGUUGUUUACAUCGCGGGUUCCACAUGCGCGAUCUUCACAGCGAAAGGUUGUGAUAUCCCGUAAUAUCGUUUCUUCUUUCAUCGUAAAGGACAAAAGAAAAAUGGGAGAAAAAACGACGCCAUCAACAGCAGAUGUUUGCGUCUGUUGGGUGAUGUCCAUCCCACAAGCUUUACCAUGAAUUUGUUGCCGUGACAUCCUAGUAACGUAUUCUGAAAAUCUUUGUCUAUAUGGUGGAGUCUUGAAUUUUAUAAACGCAAAAAAAAACAGAAAAAAAACAGAGUAUCUUGCAGUAUUUAUAAAAUGUUUAAAAAAGAAAUCUAAAGUUGUUUGAUAGCUCUCUUUUUUGCAAUUGUACCAAAAGUGGCUUAACUAUUGAAGUCAAUAGCUUUUCUAGUGACUCUAGGCGCGUGAAACUGUGGACUAGCGCGUGUGGUGUGAUUUGUACCGGUGAGGUGGCGCUGUUGUUUAUCACGUGAAUGUGAUGCUUUUAUCCAGCGGACUCAAACGCAGACGAUGAGCUCGGUUUACCCAGAAUCCCCUUGGCGUGAGACCGCACAUACACACGCAUGACAUCUGCUUGACUUCUCAGGAAAGUGAAACUGCUGCAGGGCUUUCUGGGAAGGGCUCGUCCCUCGCGUUUGACCCGUGUCAUGUGAAGUGUGACAUUCUUUUCUUGUUUCUUUUUGAAUAUAUAUAUAAAAAUAUAUAUUUUGGUGUAGACUGUUUUUAUGCUACGGUUAUAUUUGUUGUUGUUUUACUUGGUUUUUGCUUUGAACGCCAGGGAAGCGAGUCGUGUCUCUUGUUUCUGCACUGAUUUAAACCGUGAGAACCGUCUCUCAUGUUCGACUGCUGUGAAAAUCACUUGAUUCUUCUUUAAACAAAUUGUUUGGUAUCGACGUGUUUUCGCCACAUCAGCACUAUUAUUACACAGAGUUUCAUGUGUGAACGACUCUGAAACGAUUCACUCAAAGAAUGAAUCGCUAGGUGAAUCAUUCAGUGAUAUGAAAGCAGUAUAGAUGUAAGAAACACAAUAGGAAAACAUUUGCACUGGAAUAAUGCAAAAAAUGACUUUCUUGCUUAGUCUUUUUUUCUAGUUUUCCAGUAAAAAUGCCUAUAAAUAAUGCCGAAGAUAAUAAGUCUUGUUUUAAGCACAAAUUUGCUGAAAUUUCAUAUUUGUUUACUAAAAACAAGCAAAAAAAUCUUCCAAUGCGGUAAGAAAAAAAUCUUAAAUUAAGGUUUACCUUUUUCUAAGUCACUCAAGUCAAGAUUAUAUUUCUUAGCCCAUUGGCAUAUUUUUUUUGCUUGUCUUAAGCACAAGUUCAUUGAAAUUUCAUUUUUUUUACUAAAAACAAGAUUUAUUUUCUUAGCUCAUUUUACUGAUGAAGAAAAUACAUCUUGAUUCCAGAAUGUUUAGACACAAUUUCCUGGAAAAGAAGAAGUCCAAGUAAGAGUGAAUAAUGAUGUCUUCAGCAGAGAUGAAUCAACCGGCACAAGAUCUUUAGUGUUUUAAUCUUGUGAACAGAUUAUUCUGGAUGUAAGUGGACGGCGGCUUCCUCUGACUGGCUCAUCUGUGAAACGGUUUUGUCAUGUUCUUUAGUCCGUCUCGGCGUCGCUUUCGUAACAAUGGUAACGUUCUCCUAUCAGCCGUGGCGUGUCCAGCAUUUAUAGUCGAUAUAUCGAAAGGAUUCGAAGAAAAAAUAUUCUAGCUUACUUGCAAACGAUGAUAAUGUGAUUUUUGUUGUAUGUCUGGUAGCAGUACUGGCCGAUAAAGACCCUCUUGAAUCUUCCACGUGUGGGGGGAGCGACUCCUCGUGUGAUCGUAAUGUUUGUCGUGGUGUUAAAAGUGAACCUAUGAAGUAUAUGCAAAUCAGCCGCUGGUAGAGAAAAGGUCCAUAGGAAUAGAGUUCUCUGUUGUCUGUGAAUAAUCGCUUCUGAGGAUGUGACCGACACUCACGCUUACAGUUCUGCAGAAAAGAAAUCAAUUCACCCCACAAGGCCUUCACACCCUGAACUUGGCAUCCAUCGUUUCAUUUCAAGGAGUCGUUGUGUUUUUUCCUUCUUUCUGAAACAGUGCCAUGUCCCAGGAGGCGAAGGAAAAUAGUUCUCGGUGGUAAAAUAAGACAAUCCUGAGUUUAGCCAACAGCCUCGGCUAAAGGUCUUAUUAAAACUUGAUGGUUCUACAUCCUGCUUACAUUUAAGACACCCUUUGUUUCCAGAAUGAGAAUUCUAUCAUCAUUUAUUCACUCUCACACCUGUACCUGUGUCAUUUUCAGAACACAAAAGAAGAUAUUUCGAAGAACAACAACAACCUUUUUAACUUCCAUUGUACAAACACAAAAACAUCAAGACAUUUCUCAAAAUAUUUUCUUUUUGUGUUGCACGGUAGAAAUACUUACAGAUUUACAACCACAUCAGAGAGAAUAAAUGAUUGAAAGAAUUUCGAUUUAAAGGGACAGUUCACCCACAAAUGACCAAUCUGUCAUCAUUUACUAUUUGAAUGUCUUUGUUCGGAUCAACACAAAGAAAGACAUUUGGAAGAAUGUCAAUAAUUUCAGUUCUGGGACAUCUUCCACUACCACAGUAGAAAAAAAAUGCUUUGUUUUUGUUCUGUUGAACACAUACUGAGAUAUUUUGAAGAAUUUAGGAUGCGGUUCUAUUGAUUACCAUUUACAUUUUUUUCUACUAUGAUAGUCCAUGAUGUCCCGGAACUGAAAAGAACUGACAUUCUUCCAAAUAUCUGUCUGUGUUCAUCAGAAAAAAAGGUUUGCCACGACUUGAGGGUGAUUAAAUGGUGACAGAAUUGUCCUUUUUGGGUGCACUAUCCCUUUGAAAUGCAUCCUGUGAUUGACAGAUAUGAUUGACAGGCCUCAGCGCUGCCAUCAAUCUCUUCAUAAGUAGAUCGAUUUAGAGCGAGCGGUCGAGCCGGACCUGCUGUCCACUAUCUUUGAAGCUCAGACGUCCUCUGGAUGGUGCCGUGUUUUCUCCUCUGAGCCUCAUGGGACACUCGUAUUAACAUCUUUUAUUUUAUCUCCACAUCACGGCUCACAGUGUGUUUUCUUGAGAUUUACUACUGAAGGGGUCAGUAAACGUCACGCGUCCUCUAUCGUUGUGCUGAUGACACUUGUUGGUGUUUAUCGCAACCUGAAGUGUGUGUUAUACGGUUGAAAUAAAUGAUUUGAUCUAUUCGACAUGUUUGGUCUGUAUGCUGCACUUGACAAAUGUAGAUUUCAGCUUCUUAAUGUUCUGUUCUUGUUGUUUAGAGUUGCCCUCCCCAUUUUCUUUGUUUUUAUACGUCACAGGAGUAUAUCGGUGACUCUAUAAGCUGUUUAUCACUGUACCGACAUCUGUACGGUCAGAAAUGUCAAGCUAUACGUUGCUGUGAGUUUAUUAUGAUGGAUUUUUUUGUCUGAAAAGAAAUAAUAAAAACAGUUCUGUUGUUUUUCUCGAUGGGGUGUAUUAAAUUAAGAUAUCCUAGUUCUUUGUAUGGGAAAUAUAGAUAGCGUGAAAGUCCAUUUAAUUGUAAGUAUUUAUCAACUAAGUUAUUGUACCUUUGCAAUUUGUAGAUAAGUAAUAUAAUGUAUUGGUAUAUACUGAUGAAGUUAACUGUAUCAGUCAGUCCGGGGCGUUCUUUAAUUUAUUGAUGUAUAUACUGUAUGUUUGUUGAUAUACAGCUUACUUUAUUUUGUAUAUGACUAAUAAAAUACAUUUUGAAAAACA